AUGGCUCCUGAGCUCCCAGACCCCACUAGCGACCUGCACUGGUCCGCCUUCCGGGGCGCCAUUCAGGACAUCUUUUCUCAGAAUGCCAAGCAGCAUCCCGAUAGGCUAUGCGUCGUUGAGACCGCUUCUUCCACAUCCCCCAGGAGGGAGUUCACCUACCGCCAAAUCGAUGAGGCUUCCAACCUGCUGGCCAACCACCUUGUUGCCUCUGGCGUCCAAAGGGGAGAUGUUGUCAUGAGCUACUCCCACCGUGGGGUUGACCUUGUCGUUGCCGUCUUUGGUAUCCUCAAGGCCGGGGCUACCUUCAGUGUUAUUGACCCCUCGUAUCCUCCUGACCGUCAAAACAUCUAUCUCGAUGUUGCACGGCCACGUGCUCUUGUGGUAAUCGACAAGGCGACCAAGGAGGCUGGUGAGCUGACCGACAAGGUCCGCACCUUCAUCGCCGAGAACCUCGACCUCAAGACUGAGGUCCCGGCCCUCGAGCUCAGGGCCGACGGCAGCCUCGUCGGUGGCCAGAUCAAUGGCAAGGACAUCUUCGCCGGUCUUGAGAAGGAGAACGGCCCCAAUGUCCUCGUGGGCCCUGACUCAAACCCCACCCUUUCUUUCACCUCGGGCAGUGAGGGCAAGCCCAAGGGUGUUCUCGGCAGACAUUACUCCCUAGCCUACUACUUUGACUGGAUGGCUGAGCGCUUCAACCUCAGCGAGAAGGACAAGUUCACCAUGCUCAGUGGUAUUGCCCAUGACCCUAUCCAGCGAGACAUCUUCACCCCGAUGUUCCUUGGUGCUCAGCUUUUGGUUCCUUCCAAGGAGGACAUCCAACACGAGAAGCUUGCCGAGUGGAUGAGAGAAUAUGGCGCUACCAUUACUCAUCUGACCCCGGCUAUGGGCAACGUGCUUGUCAGCAACGCAAGUGCCGAGUUUCCUGCCCUCCACCAUGCAUUCUUCGUCGGUGACAUCCUUAUCAAGAGAGACUGCAAGGCCCUCCAGAAGUUGGCAAGGAACUGCUACAUUGUCAACAUGUAUGGCACGACCGAGACACAAAGAGCAGUCAGCUACUACGAGAUCCCUAGUGCCAGCGCCGAUCCCACUUUUUUGGAGAGGUUUCCCGACAACGUCAUUCCUGCUGGUAAGGGCAUGAAGGACGUGCAGCUGAUCGUUGUGGACCGCGAGAACACAGAUCGUGUGUGCGAUGUCGGCGAGGUUGGCGAGAUAUACGUCAGAGCCGCUGGUUUGGCCGAGGGGUACUUGGCCAACGAAGAGUUGAACAAGGCCAAAUUCGUCAGCAACUGGUUCGUUAAGGACAACAGAUGGGCAGAGCUCGACCAGCAAGCAUCUAAGAACGAGCCCUGGAGAGAAUUCUACAAGGGUCCCAGAGAUCGCAUGUAUCGCUCAGGUGACUUGGGCAAGUAUACUGAGGACGGCAAUGUUGUCUGCGUCGGCCGUGCGGAUGACCAGGUCAAGAUUCGUGGGUUCCGUAUCGAGCUGGGAGAGAUCGACAAGUACUUGUCGGAUCACCCCAUGAUUCUUGACAACGUCACCCUGGUCCGCCGCAACAAGGACGAGGAGAAGACCCUGGUCAGCUACAUUGUGCCCGACAUGCAGAGAUGGGCCGAGUGGCUGGUACAGAACGAUAAGAAAGACGAUACCUCUGGUGGUGACAGCUUGACGGGUCGCCUUCGCAGAUUCUGGCCCCUGGGCGAGGAGGUCCGAAAGUACCUCAAGACCAAGCUGCCCAUCUACGCUAUCCCGGAGAUUAUCAUCCCUCUGGAAAAGUUCCCCUUGAACCCUAACGGCAAGAAGGACAAGCCUGCGCUGCCAUUCCCUGACGCUGCUCAGCUCGCCGAGGCCCGCCCGCACACCGAGGUCGCUGACCUGUCCGAGACCGAGCGUAAGGUUGCUGGUAUCUGGGGUUCUCUCCUCGCCAACAUCGACGAGCGCAGCCUUGGACAUGACGACAGCUUCUUCGAUAUCGGUGGUCACAGUAUCCUGGCGCAACAGAUGCUCUUCCAGGUCAACCGCACAUGGCCGGGUGUCGAUGUCACCAUGGCCGUUGUCUUCCGCAGCCCCUCGCUGAAAGCUUUCUCUGCCGAGAUUGAUGGCAAGCUCUCUGGAAAGGUCCCUGAGGGAGCGAACGCCACGCCCGAGGGAGAAGACUACUUUGAGGACGCCAAGAAACUCCUGGCCACUCUGCCCGAGAAGUUCACGCCUUUUGAUAAGAAGGCUGCCGACGUCAAGACAAUCUUCCUGACGGGUGCUACUGGAUUCCUGGGUGCCUACAUUCUGAGAGAUCUCCUCACCCGCAACGCGCCCAACGUUAGAGUCAUCGCCCACGUUCGUGCCAUCGAUGACGUUGACGCCUACAAUAGAGUCGUCAAGAGUUGCCAGGCAUACGGUGUGUGGCAGCCCAGCUGGAAGAACAGUCUUACUGCCGUGCAGGGCAGCCUUGGAAAGCCGCUUCUCGGCCUUUCGCAGGAGCGCUGGAACUCGUUGGCUAACGAGGUUGACGUCAUCAUUCACAAUGGUGCCCAGGUCCAUUGGGUCCUGCCGUACUCCAACCUCAAGCCGGCAAACGUCCAGGGAACGCUGGAUGUCCUCUCGCUCUGCGCGGCCGGCAAGCCCAAGCAGCUGGCGUUCGUGUCUUCGACAUCCGUCCUCGACCAUCCGCACUUCGUCAAGCUCUCCCAAGGAGGCAGCCUCGUUAGCGAGGAGGAUGACCUCUCCGGCAGCUCCAAGAACCUCGGCAACGGCUACGGCUCGACCAAGUGGGUUGCCGAGUACCUUGUCCGCAACGCCGGUAAGAGGGGCCUGACGGGCACCAUCGUCAGACCUGGCUACAUCACCGGCGAGCAGUACUCCGGCACCAGCAACACGGAUGACUUCUUGCUGAGAAUGCUCAAGGGCUGCAUCCAGCUUAACUCGAGGCCCAAGAUCGAGAACACCAUCAACAUGGUGCCAGUCGACCACGUCGCCCGUCUUGUAGUCGCUUCUGCGCUGCACCCUCCUCGUCAGCCUCUUGGUGUUGCGCAGGUGACGAGCCACCCCAGACUCACCUUCAGAACGUAUCUGAGUGCUUUGGAGAAGUACGGCUACAAUGUGCCGGAGGUGGAGUACAGCCAAUGGAGCAAGAGCCUGCAGGACUACGUCGCUGAGGGCAAGGAGCACGCUCUGAUGGGUCUGUAUCACCUCGCAACUACCGACCUUCCCGCCGAUUCCAUCGCUCCCGAGCUCGACGACGUCAACGCCGCUGCUGCCCUCCGCAGCGACGCCGAGCUGACUGGAGAGGACCUCUCGGCUGGUGGUGCCGUUAAGGACGAGACCAUUGGCCGUUAUCUCAGCUACCUCAUCGCCAUUGGCUUCCUGGAGGCGCCCGAGAAGCCCGGCCAGUUGACCAUCCCUCCUGCCGAGAUCAGCCCCGAGCAGAAGGAGGCUCUGUUGAGGGUCGGAGGUCGCGGCGCUUUGGUCUAA